ACUACAACUAUUAAUGGUAUGCCUUUGCCAUUUUAGUGUCUGACGGAAACUAAGUCAUCCCCUUACUCCCGUAUUUCUUCAUACGAUAGAGCUACAAUGGAAAAAAAGAUUGUGUCAGAUUUCGCGAAAUACCUUGGUGCUGGAAAAGUUAAAGUGGCUUCGGAGAAGAAUGGGGUUGUUGUAGAGGUUGGAGGAAAAAAGUUUUCUGGGUUUGUGUGUGGAGUUUUGAAUCUGAUACGAUUACAAAAGCAGUCUUUAGAAGGUUCCACAGUGCUGCAGAGAUGUCUAACUCAUGACUGGCUGACACAGUGUGCAACAGAUUUAUUCCACUGUUCAACUUAUGAAGAAUUAAACAGUAAUCUACAUUAUAUUGACAAGGAGUUACUAACAAGAACUUAUCUUUGCGGUCAUAUGGUCACUGCUGCAGAUAUUAUCAUGUUCUUGAUUCUUUAUCCAUUUGUUGCAAAAUGGACCUAUCAACAAAAGGAACAGUAUUUGAAUAUUUCACGAUGGUUUUCUGCAGUUCAGAAUGAUGCAAAUUUGAAAAAAUCACAUAAACCUGUCCAGUUUUCUAGAACUUGUUUAUAUGAAGGGUCAGCAAGGUGCCAUUAGUACAUUUUCAAAUAAAUGAGUCACUAUACA